AUGACUUUAGCUAAGUAUGCAUGCGACUAUUGUCGCGUUCGUCGGGUAAAGUGUGACGGUAAAAAACCAUGUAGGCGUUGUCUUCAACACAACUUCGAAUGCACACAUCAGCAACCGUUGAAAAAAAGAGGUCCAAAGCCCAUUAGCGCAAGAAACUUAGGAAACGUAACCGAAGCACCGCUGUUUGGAGAGAACAACAGUGGCACGACCGCUGCAGAAAUAUCCAUGAAAAUUCCAAAAAAGCAGAUUGAUCAGUGCUUGAGGCUGUAUCACGAUAAUCUAUACGUUAUUUGGCCUUUGCUCUCCUACGAUAAUCUGCAUAUGCUUCUUGAAGAGAAAUACGAUGACUGCUACGUUUAUUGGUUUCUGGUAGCUCUUUCAGCGGCCACUCUCAGCGAUUUGCAAACUGAAAUAGAAUCUGAAGAGGGAUUCUCUUUUACUGGAAAACAAUUAUCCAUUCUCUGUAUGUCUUCACGCCAAAAAUUCGAUGAUCUCAGCGGCAGAGACAUAUUCAGAAUCAUGACAUACUACUGUUUACUGCGUUGUUUCUCGCAAUCUUCGGAUACGAGAAAUUCUUACAGACUCUGUUGUGAAGCCAUUGGCCUUAUCACAGUAGCUGGAUUGCAUCGCGAAGAAACAUAUGGAUCACUUCCAUUCUAUGAGCAACAGCUUAGACGGAAGCUGUAUUAUUUGAUUCUCCUAACAGAAAGAUACUACUGCAUAUACGUUCAUUGUGCAACAAGUCUGGAUGCCACAAUAUCUCCGCCACAACCUGAGUUUGUAACUGACCCUCGACUUUCUUUGGACAGCUUUCUUGAGAUGAUCAGGGUUUUUACCGUACCAGGGAAAUGUUUCUUUGAUGCUUUGGCUACCGACUCUGCAAACGUUUCUUGUACUGAAGACUCUCUCAAAAAAAUAUGGAGAGAGCUCCAUACAGCAUCGCUUGAAAUAGAGCCAUGGUCUUACGGAUACGUCGACAUUUCAUUCUCUCGGCACUGGAUUAGAACGCUAGCCUGGAAACUAGUGUCUCAAAUGAAAGGUGCCAACUUUUUCACGAAUGCUAGCAAUGCGCAAAUAUUAGUUGAAAUUGCCAGGGACAUGCUAGACGAUAUAUUCCUAACACCAAAUAGUCUUUAUGAGGUCCAUGGCCCUGUAAUAGCAAGAAAAGCACUGGAAAUAGCCACUGCAUUGGUGGACGUUGUAAAUCAGCACGAUCAAAAUACAGAAUCGGAGGCUUGGAGCGUUCUGUGCGAAAUAUCAAAAUUCAUUUUCUCUCUAAAACACUAUGAUGGUAAUCUGAUUGAAAAUUUUGUGACGAAGUGUCAGAGAGCUUUUAUUUCCCUUCCAAUCUCGAGUCCUCUGGAGCUAAACGAUAACUUUAAAGACGAUUCCAAUAUUGUUUCUUGA